UGGUGUUGACGAUGUUAUAGUAGUUGUAGUAUUUGGGUUUUGCACUUUCUUUUUCUUCCUUCUCCCAUUUCUUUCUCGAAAAAAAAAUUCAUUUUCUUUCUCUGUUUUUUCUUGAUUUUUCCCUUUGGACUUUUCUUCAGAAUUUUCUUAAAGAAAAUUAUGUGUUUCAUCUAUCAUGAGGAUCAGAAAAAGACCGGUUCAGCAAUCUUUCUCUUCGAUUUCACCUCUUUCACCAGAUCCCAACUUGAACCGGUCUCCGGUGGUGCAACACCCGCAACGGCGGCAGUCUCCUCCGCCUUCUGAUCAACCAAGCCACCCGAUCCGACGAAAGCAACUAACCCAGGACCGUGAUUCAUAUGCUGUCCCUGAAACAACAACAAUAAGAGCAACACGUGGAAAAGAGCUGAAGAAGAAAGAUCACUCGAUUUUGAAGCAAGCAGGAGAGGAGGUAAGGGGAGAAAAUGGGGAGAAGAGGAGUAAUUACACUACCAGGAAGAAAAGUGAUUCUGGUGAAGAACUAGGAACUGGGUCUCUAUCCCGUCAAGCUGAGGGGAGCUGGUGUGAAGGAGAGAAGGCGUUUCCAUUGAAGAAAAGAAGAAUAAUGCAGAAAGAUAACGAUAAUGAAAAGAGUGGGAAAAAGGUCAGAGGUCGAAACGGUGCGUUAAUGGAAGGUUCGAGGUGCAGUCGAGUGAAUGGAAGGGGAUGGCGGUGUUGCCAACAAACACUCGUCGGUUACUCCCUCUGCGAGCAUCAUUUGGGAAAAGGGAGGCUGAGGAGUAUCACCAGUGUUAAAAACCGAUCGAAUGAUAACGUGGCAAAGAAGGAAGAUCUGCAGCCGCCGUUGUCCAAACAAGAAAGUGAUCGGAAGAGAGUGAUGAAGCUCGGGACGGUUAAAGCUCGAUCGCUAAGCAGUCUGCUUGGCCAAAAAGACGCUGUAAUUGCAGUUUCUGAUGAUGAUUAAAUACUGUAAUGUUUGAGAUUCUUGAUGGAGCGAUGCUUUGGGUUGAGAAAGUGGUUUUAUUUUA